AGUCAAGAUCUAAAAACUCCCAUCUUCCUCUCCGGCGUGCGUGGCUUCACCGGCGAGGUGACUUUUGUGAUCGAUGGGUGUGGUUAUCGAGAGCUUCGUCUGGGAGCCAACCUCAAGCGUCUUCGUCUUCUUCCUCCUCUCCACAUUUCUAUCGAUAUUCCUGUUCCCCUACUUCGCCAAAAGCAGAACGUUCGGUACCUUCGAUCACGCCGUCUCCUCAUCUUUCGCUCGCUUCCAAAGAUGGUUUCUAGCUAUCUACACUCUCUCUUCAGUGAUGGAAGGUAUAUGGUCGGUGUAUGGAGAAUCGGAGUUAGCGUCUUAUGGCGUGAGUAAAGAAUCAACGGUGUCUUAUCUCUGUGUUGGCUACUCGUCUUCUCUUGUUCUUGGUCCUUUACUUGGUGUCCUCUCUGAUCUCAUAGGUCAGAAGAGGAUUUGUCUACUCUAUUGCGUCUUGCACUUCGUUGUUGGUGUGUGGAAGAGGAUUACAAUGAGUCCUAGUGCCUGGUUUGCUAAUGUUUGCUUGUCUCUUGCUGGUCUCAUACAUUCAUUUGGGUUUGAGACUUGGCUCGUUGUGGAACAUGAGAAGCAAAGUCAGCGGAAUGAUUCGUUGAAUGAGACGUUCUGGCUGAUGACUUUUCUCGAGUCUGCUUCUUUGAUUGGAGGUCAAGUUCUUGCGAAUUGGCUUGCGGGUGGUAAUGUUCAGAGUGGCGUUGCGUUGUCUGCUACGGCGUCUCUGUUCUUGUCUGUUGUGGCCAUUGUUUGUAUUGUCCGGACUGCGAAAGAGCCUGUUAAGACGCUGCCACUUAGAGAUUAUUCUGCAGCGUUCUAUGCAUAUGUUCUUGGUGAUAAAAGAAUAUGGUUUCUAGGAACUGCACAGGCCUGCCUCCAGUUUUCCACUGCAGUCUUUUGGAUUCUUUGGGCACCGACGAUAGUGGCUGAUGGGCGAGAAGUGAAUCUGGGAUUGAUAUAUCCAUGUUUCUUGGGCUCAAGAAUGCUUGGGAGUACAGUAUUCCCAUGGCUUAUGAGCGGACAAUCAUUUCUCCGGCUUGAAGAUUGCCUAGUCUACAUAUACGCAAUACUUGCGGUUGUGUUUUCUAUAGUAGCCUAUGAUUAUCAGGAAAUCAGCACCUUAAUAGUACUUUUCUGCUUGUAUCAUGGCUUUGCUGGACUGGUACUGCCUUUGCUUGCAAGACUGAGGACCAUGUAUGUACCGAAUGAAUUGCGUGGAGGGAUGAUAAGCCUUUCUCAAAUCCCAGCUAAUGCAGCUAUCUUGUUUUGCUUAAUACAGAGAGGGUACUCCGACAAGAUUGAGAAUUCAACGAUGAUGGCUCUAAGUUCCGUUUCGUUAUUCUCUGCAUCUGGUUGUAUAUAUUUAUUACGACGAUGGGGAAAGUCACCACACCAAGACUGGCACAAGUUAUGAUUCUGUGUAGCUCCUGGUCUCUAAUUAUGGGGACUUGCCAACGUAAGGGGAAGCAGGACAAAGGUAAAUCUACAUGCUCCCUUACAUAACUCAGGUUGGUAUUUGUGAUCUUGUGUUAAUGGUCUCGGUAGCAGCUUGAAGUGAGCAAGCAAACAGACAAACCUCGAAGAAACUCAAGAUGCAGAGAACGAAUUCUAUCAAUUUUGAAAUAUUGAUUCUUUUUUUUUUUUUGGUCUUUGAAAUUGAUUCUUUUUUUGUUUUGUUCAUGUCUUUUUAAGACUAUCUUUGGACUUCAAGUAGUAAAUAUGAAUGCACUUAUUUUAAUGUUCUUAAAAAA